AUUCAAAAAAUCCACACGACCACCAACAUCCAUGAGUGAAGCAGCAGCAGCAGCCCCAGCAGACAGCGUCAGUUCCAAACUGUCCAUGUCGCUGGACGACAUUAUCGCCAGCCGCCCCAAGGAUCGCAAGAAGCCCGCCUCGUCCGACGCCGCUCCCGCUGCGGCCGGCACCAGCACCAGCACUAGCAACGGAGGCGGCCGUCGCAGUGGUCCCCGCAGCAGCAACAGCAGCAGCAGCACUGGUGGCGAUCGUCGCGCGCCGUCCCGCGAUGGCGGUCCCAUCCGAGGCGAUCGCGCAUCCGCCCGUGGCCGCCGUCGCCAGCCAUUCCCUGCCCAUCGUCAACGCGACGAGUUCGAGGACGACGAGGACGACGAAGACAACUUCCAGGCGGACGACUCUGGACCGUUCGCAGCCGCCGCGUUCAUCCAGGCGCCCGUUGCGAUUGGAUCGGGUGUGCAUGGACGUCUGUCUGCCGCAGGAUCCUCGUCGGAGGUCUCGCUCGUGGUCGGCAACCUCGCUGCCAACAUUAACAAGAACGACAUGUCCGAGCUCUUUGCCAACAACAACCCGACCAGCGUCAACAUCUUCUCUGCACCCGGCUCAGACACUGUCAUUGCCCACGUCGUCUUCAGCUCGCUGGCUGCUGCCAAGGCUGCCCGUGACAAGUUCCACGGCCUUCAGCUUGACAACCGCGUCAUGGUGAUUGGUUUGAUCACAUCGUCGGCUUCGUCCGCACCGGCCGUGCCUCAACAGCAGCAGCACUCUGGCUUUGCCCAGCCAACCAUCAUCCCUGUGCAAGCCUUGGAGCAACUCUACCAGGGCUACCAGCAGCACGCCCCGACAUACUCUGGCGAGCGUCGCCACAACGAUCGCUCGAGCAGCCGCGGCGACCGCGAUGAUCGUCGUGGCGGCGAUCGAGGUGCUCGUGGUCGUCAAGACCGUGGUGCCCGCCCAGAGCGCCCUGCCCGUCAAGAGCGUGCUCCGCGUGAGGCGCCUGCCAGCAGCGAGACCCUCGACUCGCAGCUCGACAGCUACUUUGCUAACUGAGGUUGAGGAAGAUUUGAGAUCAAAGCGCAGCACGCUUCUCUUUCGCCUGGUUUGUGCGAGUCGUCCCCUAAGUUGAUUGGUUUUGGUAGUGGAAUUGCUUUUUCUCCGUCUUUUGUGCUUUUAUUCCAAAAUGCAACAUAACAUGCAA